AUGAAAAAUAACUCUGAGCAGUCGAUGAGCACACAGUUGCAUAUAUGUAUCCGUCUUCAUUUCUGUGUGUUUGAGUUUGUAAACAUAGAAAAAAUCACCAUGGAAAACAACUCUGAGAAAUUCGCAAUGAAUACAGCUCCAUCCAUUGGGUACCCAACGCCGGCGCAGCUUAACCUUGAGAAGAAGCAAGAAAAGCUGGAGAUGUUUUGGAUAUCCCAGCGGAGAGAAAUGGAGAACGUUAUUGAUUUCAAGAGCAACCUGUUACUUCCACCUAACCGCAUCAAGAAGAUCAUGAAGAUGGACAAGGAUGUCCGAAUGAUCGCUGCUGAAUCGCCUGUUUUGUUGGCUAAGGCAUGUGAGUUGUUCAUUCAAGAACUCACUCUUCGUUCCUGGUUUAAAGCUGAGGAAAAUCAUCGACGUACUCUGAAGAAGGAUGACGUCACUGGUGUGAUUAUUCAGACUGACACUUUGGAUUUCCUUCUUGAUGAUGAUGCUACUGACGGCACCACACCAAGUGUUGUGCCGUUCUAUGUUGCUGGAGGCAGCAAUGGGCAUACAUGA